CAAAAAUUUGGAUAUCGAUAACGCAUCGUCUGAUCCACCACCACCACUGUAAUUGUAGAUAUCACCGCCACCAAUUCCCAUUGUCGCCUCUCUAGGUAUCUUCCCCUCUUUCUAUCCUUCGAUAUGCCGCGAUCGGCGACAGAUGCCACGCGCUUCACAGCAACCACCCCGCAUGCCUCUACGAAACCAUUGCCAUUAGGCUCGAAGCCACCAUUUAAUUCACAACCCACACGCAAACCUGGUCCUGCGGGCGAGACACCACAAGAAAAGGUGCGCCGGCUGCGAGCUGCAGCCGAUAGAGCUCGAGAUGCACAAGUUUCAACAUUUGACAAGUUUCUGGUGCGGGGACGGGUGUGGGCGGAUAGAGCGCAUCGAUUUACUGCAUUGAGUUUGAUUUUUGCGACUGGUAUGUGAUAGGUUACCCGCCGUCUUGAGUUCAAAAUUGAGUCUUGAGAGGCACAAUUUUAUCUCUAUCUAGGUCACUAAUGCGCAUUCUACAGUUGUUGCUGGAGGUGUAACGGUCUACGCACUGGGAGACAUGAUGAUCCACAAUCGAAGAAAACGACGGGAAUUCAUAGCAGAACAACAAGCAUUACAUGCAUCAGCCUUACGAACAGCCCAAUUGGCUAUUGAUCAUGGGACAGCAAGCGAAGAACAAAUCAAAUUUAUGAACCGGGAAAGACAGUAUCUUGCCGAUUUGGAGGCAGAAAAGGCGGCUAGGGCUGCGAGGGGGGGCAUUUUCAAACGAAGUAAAGAUUGGAUGCUGUCGGGGCUCAAGAAAGAAGAACAAGGAGACGAUGUUGAAACCAGCGAACUGACGUGGGGAUAUGAGGGACAGAGUAAAGAGGCUGGUUCUUCGGGGGCGAGGGAGAGUGAUGUUGUGCGAGCAAUGGAGGAUAAGACGUCGGCCCUCACAGAUAAAGCCAAGCAGGCUUUCGCUGACGAGAAGGAGAGGCAGAGGAGUGGCGGCCCCCUGGAUCGAAUAGGGACUAAAACGGCCGACGAAGACUCGGACCAGCAGCCAAAAUCUGGAGGCUGGACAUCCUUUAUGGUUCGACGUUGA